GCAUCACAUACUUACAGUAAUAUAGCCUACGUUUGAAUUUACGUUACUAAUUUACGCACUUCUGUAGUAGACCUAGCAGUAAUAUUUAAAACAUUAAUAAUUUGAAUUUUGGAUAGGAAAUUGCUUUGGAAUUUUGAGGACAACCGAGCGACCGUGGGAUCUUAUCUGUGAUGCUGCACCGUGGUAUUCAAUUUGUAACCAUGACAUGAAAAGAAUGAAGGUGACCACUCUUAAUACUGAUAACAGCGAGCAGUGCCAUCCAAUGAAGACACAACACAGUGGUGAUGCCGACAACCAGACAGGAAACAACCCAAACACCCAAAAAGCCACAGAUGACACCUGGAGCGCUUUCAUGGACCUGCGCUACCACAUCCUUCAGCUGCUUUCCACCAAGCUCACCCCUUGCACACUGGGAGACUGCAAGGCCCGCCUUGAGGUCCUGAGAAAAUGCUCUUAUUACAUGGAUGUCCACCAGGACCUGUCUAUGGCUGACCAGCAGCAGCAGAAUGCUCUGUCCGAUUCCACCAUCCUUCACUUAAUUGAUCCCUGGAAGUUCCAGCGUAUGAAGAAGUUGGCCAACAGCCAAGUUAAGAUCCAGCUAAGUCUCCUCGAAGAGCUAUAUGAGCAGAUCUGUCGGGGCAGGGCAGACUUGGAAGCUAUCGCCAACCAAUGUGGUCCCACUACCUUUGGCCAAGACAACGCCCCCUUGAGGAAGAGAGUGGAGCAGCUGACCACGGCGCUAGUGGACUUUGACUCCACGCUGUCGCCUGGUCGGCUGCACGCCAAGCACCGGCUCAUCUCUGAAACGGGUAACACCAAGGUUCCCCAGCUCUGGCUGACACUUAACGUCAAGAUGCCUGUGAUGUUUGACAAGUUGCGAUCAGAAGCUCUAGCCAGCUUCACCCGGCUACACUGGUACAUCGCCGGGACAGACCAGCAGGAUCCUGGGGAGCAGUUUGAGAUCCACCACAAGCUCAUCCAACCCACCAACGCAGAUGAAGGCAACCAGACUGGGAUGGUCACUUGCUCCGGCAAUCACAUUCAGAUUAACAACCUACUGCCGGAGAGGUGCUACGAGUUCACGGUCAAGAGGGCAGACACGUGUUAUUUGGUGUACGGCUUCUGGAAUGAGACCAUCAUCCUCCGCACUGCCCCGGUGUCCCCCGGGGGUCAGAUGGGGUGCCGGGAGAAGAAGAGAAGGCUGUGUCUCUGGUAGUGUGAAUGAACAUGGAUAAAUAGCUUCAUAGAAGAAAAAGAAGUUUUACAUUUUAUAUCUCUCUAAUAAACUAAACAAGUUUUGUCAAGGUGAUUUCAUUUCUCAGUG